UGAGAAUGCCGGACAUUCGUCCGCUUUCAUUUUAGACAGAUGAAAAGUUGCAAUUUUCCUCAAUAUUUUUAUUUGUUUAUCAUUGCUGGUUGGAACGAUCCAUUAUUAUUUCAUUAACGUUCAAGACUCUGUUUAUUGUAAAUUGUAAAAAAGUUUAAUUAAUAGUGAGGCACAAUGAUCUUGUCGAGAUUACCUCAUUUCAAUGAUUUUUCACUUGAGAUUUUUCGUGUCGACGUAUUAAGUUUUGUUUUCGUAAUUUUUUUAAAGUAAAAGAUCGCAUGAUUAAUUGGGAUAAUUAUUGGUCAUGUGUGACCACUGAUUUGAAUCGGGACGAAAACGAGGGAAAAUCAAGGUGAUCCCAUCGAUUUUACCACAAGCCGGCGAUGAAUUAGUGAAUAGUGCCUUGAAAAAAUCGUUGGGACUACAGGACUGUUCCAUUUUUCGUCGAAAUUGUUCAUGUGGGGUAGAAAAAAAUAUGAAAAAAUUAUUUUCACCACUUGAAAAGUUUGUUAACAACUCCUAGACCAUGAAUAUCACGAGAAUAAUCAAUGUAAACGGUGGAAAUUCAUGACUUCGUGCGGUUCAGUGCGCGAGGGAGGGAAAUAGCGAGGAAUCAGAUGACAAUUUUUAUCCCCAUUAUCGUGAUUAAACGUCAUCCAGUAUUUAUUAGUCUACGUGCCAUUUGUGUUAUUUGAGGUAGUCGUAUCGCAACAGAAUGAAAUUUGUUGAACGUUUGAGGAUAUGGUUGGUGGCAGUGAUGCCCCCAUCAGAGGAGGAAAGCCUCUGGCUUGUAGGAAAAAGCGACGGUGCCAUCUCCCAAUCGGGAAGCGGUGGUCGUCCAGCCAGGCCCGGGGACAAAUCACAAAUUAAAAAGGUCUUAUACACCGAGGAAAUGACUAACCAGAGCAACGACACCACCACAGCUAGUGCAGCUGCAGGUGCACCAGCAGCAGCCGCUGGUACUGUUAGUGCAACCUCCACUGAUCCCGCUGAGCAUGAUCUCAUUGACUCCAGGGAUGAUGCCAAUUUACUAGCCCAAUUCCACGAGGAUGCGAUCAAACAGGCAGGGGUUGGUUACUUCCAAAUUCUCGCAGCAUUCUGCGCGGGUCUAGCCCUAGCAGCUGACACAGUAGAGCUCUUCGUGGUGCCCUACAUCCUCCCAAGCGCGGAGGUGGAGCUCUGCAUCGAGGACAACGAGAAAGAUUGGCUAUCGAAGAUAACCCUAGUGGGUUCAGCCCUUGGUGGAAUAGGAUGGGGAGGUCUGGGGGAUCGCCUAGGUCGUCGUCGUGCAUUAUUAUCUGCGAUGUCAGUGCACGUUCUCUUCAUCGGCGUAGCCACUUUCAUGCCGACCUACGGCACUUUCAUGACGGCGAGAUUCUGCUCGGCGAUUGCAGUCGGUGGAGCGGUGCCCCUGGCGUUUGCCUACGUCGCCGAGUGUUGUCCGAGGUCCUCUCGAGGCCGAUGGACCGGUAUCCUGGUGGCUGCUGCCUCUCUUGGAGGUGUCUACGCAGCGCUCCUAGCGUGGGCAGUUGUCCCAACCACUGGAGAAAUGGUGGUGCUGGAGAAUAAGGAGCAUUUCAGUGCUUGGCACAAGUUCCUCCUGUUCUGCUGUCUCCCCGCCGUGUGCUCCGUUAUCGGCCUGGUCUUCCUCCCGGAGAGUCCACGGUAUCUCGUCGAGGCCGGACACGAUGUAGAAGCCAUGAUGGUCUACCAGCGCAUCUACAAGCGCAACAAUGCACGUAAGGCCCUCUCUGGUACACAGUACCAGCUCUCGGAGUUGGAACUGCCGAGCAAGAGGCCUCGAGGCUUAGCACCUCCCUCACCCUCAGCCAACACCAGUGUUCUCAACGAUAUCAUGUACUCUAUCGAGAUGUUCUGGAAUUCCUUCCUUCAGCUGUUCUCAGGCCCCUACAUCAAGAUCACGGUGAUGCUUUUCAUAAUCUGGUGCGCCGUGGCCUUCGGUCUCUACGGCCUCAUGGUGUGGUGCCCGGAGUACCUCAAGCGCAUUCGUACCACUGAGUAUGAGGCCCAAACCGAGAGAUUUUCCAACGAGGAGUUCGUUGGUACCACUUUUACAGAAUCACUCGAAAAUCGGAGAUACAGGGACUCGAGAUUCAUCAACUGCAAAUUCAACAAAAUUGUUCUCAGUCACGUGGACUUUGACAAUUGCACGUUUCAGUCUGUCGAGUUCACAAGUAUCAAGAGCUCGAAGACCCACUUUACGGACUCGGUGAUCUUCGACUCCAAGUUCAUUGAUACGGACUUAUCGAAGGGGUCGUUUGUCAAUUGCAAACUGAUUAAUAAUACGGAUCUCAGUCUUGUUGGCAGCUGUCCCACCCUUGAUUUGGAUUAUAAUAUUUAUAUUGAAGAGGCACUACACGGUCAUCUGGUGGCAGAACUAGCUUUUGUACCGGCAGCUAUUCUAGCAGGAUUAGCAUUGGGAUUUGUUCAGGGGCCCAAAAUCAUUGGAUUAUCUCUGUUCUUAUCAUCUGGAGGCGCUCUCUGUCUGACGCUAGUGAGCAACAACAGUUCAGCCGUUCUGGGCUUCGAGGGGGGUUUUAUGGCAGUUUCAGCGAUAGCUUGGACAUCUCUGGGCCUCAUAACAAUUGAGAGCUUUCCAACUCACUUGAGAUGCACGGGUUUUGGUCUCAUGGCAGCUGGCAUAAGGAUAUCUGGACUCAUCGGCACCGCUGUCUAUCAGACACUCGUCGGGGCACCUCUCAUUGCACCUGCACUGCUCACAGCUAUUGCACUGUUUAUUGCUAGUAUCACGACCUUUAAAUUACCAAAUACACACACGGUUUUCUUGUAAAUCGGUAAGACAUGCUUUUUUCUAUAUUAUUUUCGGAUUAAACACAACUUCGGAUUUUUCGUACUGAGAGAAAGAUAAAAAAGGAUGAAUUUUACGUCGAAUUACAUAAUUUGAUCGGAAAAUUACGCGAAACUUCAGUAAAAAUUAUCGAUACACCCACAUAUCACUCCAGAAUAACAAAAUAACUUACGUAAUUUUUACUGAUUUUUUUCUGCGUAUUAUUGCAGGAAAGAAUCAAGUUGAAGAAUUGGAGAAAAUAGACUUUAAAGUCAUCAAUUAAUCUUUUAUUCAUCCUCUGUGAAUAAUAAAAAUAUUGGAAUGCCAACAGAUGUCUUUCGCUCAGCGAGGAAUUGAUGAAGUUGUGAAGCGCACAGGCUGUGGGAAAAUAACGAUAAAUCAGGGGUGAAGUGGUUAAAUAGUCUCAUAUAUUGAAGAUAGUUUGGAGAAUUUUUAUCUCUAGACACGAUUUUUCCAAUUGACCCCUGAUAUCGUGACUGACAUCAUAAAAAUUACUCAAUGAAAUCGCUUGCUUCUGUUACUGCAGUGAAAUCAGUGAAACACUUCAUUCGAUAACGUACGCAUAAUAAUACGAAUAUCAAUAUAUAAAUAUUUUAGUACAGAGAGUGAAUUAACCAAUUAAAGUCAAUUUUUCCGAGGAGAUCCAAGUGCAUCAGUGGAUUCAUAUCAAAUUACGACGUUAAAUUUGUAAUAAUAUUUUUUUUACUCGAGACAAUCUCUUUGAGACGUUUUUAUCCAUAUCCCUGACAAUGGAGAAACAUUUAUACAGCAGUGUUGAUUCAUAAAAGUUAUUGAAAAAAAAAUAAGCACGGAUCUCUGAAUGAGUGGGAGUGAUGAAUUUUUAAGGUGAAAGUUGACUCAAUUUCGUGUAAAAUAUUGACGAAAAUGGCAAGAAAAUAGCGAUUUAAAUAGAGGCAAUGUGGAUUUAAUAAUUUGUAUCCAUUUAAUAUCCACCGUAUGCCUCACUCCAUACGUUAAAAAUAAUUCUAGCUUAUUACCUUCGGUUUAAUAAUUAAUUUUAGGAAUAAAUGCAGUACUUCCGCUUUCAUUUGAAGACAAUAGGCUGCGUAAUUAGACGUAAUAAAUUUUAUAAUUAUUUUCUUCGCGAUGAAGUGUGUGAAGACCGUUGUGGUAGCUGUUAUGACGUGAUUAUGCAAUUUUUUAACUGAGAAAUUACUAUCGAGAGGGGAGGUAGGACUAGCCGGAAAUUGUACCCUCCGAGAUACUUUGAUUAACUCCAACAGUUGCCGAGAUUUUCACUUUAAUUUCUCGAUGCAGAUAUAUUUCCCAUGAUCUUGUCAACUCGCGGGAUCAAAUGGUCUUGAUUGUGGGUUUUUUGAUGGAGAAUUUUUCUGGCUGACAAACGGAAAUAUUUUCAUUGUGUUUUUUUUAUAAUACUCAUCUGCUGCAUCUGUUUUUCCGACUUUUAUGGGAGCGGAUCGCGUCAAAUUAGUAGGCAAAAAAGUCGAUAAUAAAACAAAUCAAAUUAAAUAAAUGAUAAUAUGGAAUUGUACAUUUGUGAUUAAUUAAAUAAUAUUGAUUUUCGUAAAAUUAAUUGCAUUUUGAAGACAGCGGCAUUUAUGACGUCUGAUUUUAAAGUUUUUUGUGCUCCCGUGAGCA